AUGGCUCCGUCGGCAGUCAGCGUUGACGGUGUUAACGGAGCCGCGCAGUCCAACGGGCACAGUACCGGCACGCAGCUCAAAGCAACCGCCCCUGUGUUUCAUCCGGCCGCAACGGUAGAUCGAUCGAGGUACCAUGUCUCGUCAUCUACUGAAGCGAUCGACACCGAGCAUGAAUAUGCCGCCCACAACUAUCAUCCCUUGCCGGUCGUUAUUGCGCGCGGAUCGGGAACGACAGUGUGGGAUCCUGAGGGUCGACAAUACCUUGACUUUCUCUCCGCGUACUCCGCCGUCAAUCAAGGCCAUUGCCACCCAGAGCUGGUCAAGGCCCUUGUUGAACAGGCAUCCACACUGACCCUGAGCUCGAGAGCAUUCUAUAAUGAUGUUUUCCCACGCUUUGCUGAGUUCGUUACGAAAUACUUCAACUUCGACAUGGUUCUGCCCAUGAACACUGGCGCCGAAGCCGUGGAAACGGCCAUCAAAAUCGCCAGGAAGUGGGGCUACAAGUCCAAGAAGAUCCCUCAAGGAGAAGCUCUUGUUCUCGCUGUAGCCGAGAACUUCCACGGCCGGACUUUCUCUGCCAUUUCCAUGUCCACCGACCCUGAAUCCCGAGAGAACUACGGCCCUUACCUGCCGGGUGUGGGCAGUAUCUCCCCGGCUACUGGUGAAGUGAUUCCCUACAACGACGUAGACGCUGUACGUGCUGCUUUCGAGUCACACGGUGACAAGAUCGCGGGAUUUCUCGUCGAACCAAUCCAAGGUGAAGCCGGCAUCGUUGUACCCAGCGACACCUAUCUAUCCGAGAUCCGCGCUCUGUGCGACAAGCAUAAUGUACUUCUGAUCUGCGAUGAGAUUCAAACCGGCAUUGCCCGCACGGGCAGACUUCUCUGCCACGAAUGGGCAGGCAUCAAGCCGGACAUGGUUCUUCUGGGAAAAGCCAUCUCAGGGGGCAUGUAUCCCGUCUCGUGUGUCCUGGGACGUAAAGAUGUGAUGCUCACCGUCGAGCCUGGUACGCACGGGUCGACGUACGGCGGGAACCCCCUUGGCUGCGCCGUGGCUAUCCGGGCCCUCGAGGUGGUACGCGAAGAGAACAUGGUAGAAGCGGCCGAGAGGUUAGGCCACAUCUUCCGCGAUGGCCUACGUGGUCUCAACUCCCCGCUUAUUACGGUCAUUCGAGGCAAAGGCCUACUCAACGCCAUUGUUAUUGACGAAUCCAAGACGAAUGGCCAUAGCGCAUGGGACCUCUGCAUGCUCAUGAAGGAGAAAGGUCUACUGGCCAAACCCACCCAUCAGAACAUCAUCCGCCUUGCUCCGCCCUUGGUGAUUACCGAAGAUGAGGUGAAGCGUGCUCUGGCGAUCAUUGGGGAGGCUCUCAGCGAAUUGCCCAAUCUCAGAGGACAGAAGGAGGACGAGAUCAUCCCUGCCGAGGAAAGGAAUGUCAAGAUCCAGGUGGAGAAUUGA